AUGGUCUACCAAGGAAUGCCACAAUUUUCCACCUUGCCUAGACACACUCAUUUACGCAUAAAUUGUGGAAAUCGUAAUUUUACCUUGAGUAAUGACGAAACAGGAGGCCAGGCUACUGCACAAUUGAGUGUUUUUUUAAAAGGCUUUAACUCACACCCAAAAUGGUGGAAAUUUAAUAAACCCUUUCCUUGCUUGAGUGUAUCCCUACGUCUCGUUGGUCAACUAAACGAAGAUGAAGAAUAUGUAGAAAUUAGGCAUAAAAGUGGGGAAUUUAACUUCUGCGCCGAUUCUUCUGAAAUGUUAAAAAGGGGCAUGUUUUAUGGGAUUGAAGAUAUCGCCAAGGAUAUGAUUGGUUAUCCAGAAACUGUCAACUACCCAAUCCAAACUUCGAAGGUAUUCACAACACCACCUACAAAUGACCCUGCUUGCUUUGUGUAUGCAUGUGGUGUACUACAGGCGAAAUUAAUCACUUAG